AUGGACGAUAUUCUUUCCGAGAAACUACCUAGCGAUGUCGAAAAGAAUAACGCUGGCAUCGACGUUCAGUCUCAAACACCCGACGAAGUGAGUUUUCGUGAGCAGGCAUUGUCUCAUGUUCUUGAUGGGUUUCCGUAUUCUCGAAUGGAUAGAAUCUUCGUCAAGUUCGGGAAUGUAAGGCCACGGGGAUACGAUGGGAUGGAGGUGGGAAAUCUCUCUCACCCAGUGACGUUUGUCAAGAAAGUAAAUCUCGCUGCUGUGAAUGGGAGACAUGAGGCGCUCAAGAAAACCUAUCACCAAAACCUCGUGAAUUUAACUGGCAUAUCGAUCACGGAUGACGCCGCCUAUUUAAUUUACGAACGGACAGGUUUAUCUUUGGCGGAAAUCAAGAAGUACGGGCGCCUUACAUUUGAUAGAAUCGCAGUGGCAACGAUUUGCAGAGAGAUUAUACAUGGAUUAAUUUACAUACAUGAUAUUUUAAGGAUCAGUCAUGGCGAGCUCAAUUGCGACAACGUGUUUGUUAAUGAGGAUGGUGAGGUUCACAUCGGAAAUAUUGGAGACAGUAUGAUGAAAGAAGGCAAGCAAAACGGUUCAGAUGAUCUUCAAGGAGUUUACGAUAUUGCCCUCAGUCUUCUCAACCUCAAGGCGGAUUCGGAUAAGACCAGCAUGUCAUUUUACUUGGCGGAUCACUUUACAAAGUUACCAUCCAAUAUUCAGCUCCAGGAUGUUCUCAAGGCAUGGAAAAUUCCGUUCGUAGGCUAG